AUGGCUGCCAACCCCAUGGACGCCCUGCAAUGCUUCACCUCCAUCAGCGACAGCGUACCGUCCUGGAUCACUCGAGUCACGGAAUUGGCAGCGCACACCUCACGGAAACAGGCCGAAUUUUCCGAAGAAUUCAAACGUCUCGCUACAACACACAGUCAAUUAUCAACAACACAACGACGACAAAAGAAUAGCUCUGUACAUUCGAUCAGACCGGGCUCUGAUUUGCUAUUGAAACCAUCUGGGGCGGCCCUCGAUGCUGCGUCUAAUGUGUCCGGGGACAACACAAGUCUUAUGGUCCGCAUGCGUCGUCAAUUGAUCAUAUACUACGACAGCCAUACACAAGCCCAGCUCGAGCAGACGGUGCGCGAUAUAGGAAAUGCCCGCAAUUGUCUCCGUAAAGGCAAGAUGUCGCAGCUGAUGCGAAAAUCGACCAAUGGACUGGACAUGUUUGCUGCUACUAGCCGAUCGCGCGAAUCGCUUCGCGGAUUGCAGCUGCCCCCUCUGGAAGGGUUUCGAAGGAGAACUAACGGAGCACCAACCAUCACCACCACCACCAACAACAACAACAAUCAGAACGAUUCUGCAUUUGAAUUUGCCGAUAAACAGUUAGAUAUUGCACAGAGCCUGUGUGAGACUGCCGCUCAUCAAUUCCUUCGCACGGGAGAUUGUGCAAAGGAACUAGAGGAUAUGCUCGCCAAGUUCAAGAUUGUACUUCAAACAGCUACGCAGGAAGCGACUCGACUACGCGAAGAGAAGGAGCGACAAGCAGCGCAGGAGCAGAUGGAUGGUUCUCCGAAAAUUUCUUCUGGAUUCAAGCAGCUUCACACGGUAGAGGACGAUAAGCCGCCUGAGCCGGGUUCGGCGACUAUCGAGGUUGAUGAUGCGGUAUCAGAUUCUUCUAUUUCGAUCGAUAUAACGGCAUUCCGAUCGAAUCGAUUCCGGAUGUGA